UGACUGAAUGGUGUCUAAAGUACACAGGUUGCACACCUUACGCUGCUGGCUGUGCUGCAUUUUUCACGACGUUUGGUUACAUUUUUUUAUUUUUAACAACCCCGGCAAACGCUGAGGCUUUAUUGCUUAUCUGGACACUUCUAAGAAGAAGCACUCGCGUCGGUGCUGCAGAAGGAAAGUUGCAGCUCUUCAGCCCAGAGAAACAGGAAGUGCGCCUCCCACCGCGUCUGCUGGCGGACCCUCGAGUUCGCAUCGGCGCUAAUUCCGCGUUUGUACCGUCGGAUCGGAAAGAAGCUUCCGGUGCGGAUGGUUCGCUUUUCGACGGGACUUUUCCUUUGGAUGAAAGUAUCAUGGUUUCACCAGCGUAACGCAGCUGAAGCACAGAGGGACCAGAUCUGACCUACGGGAUGGAGACCGCGAGGACGCUGAAUACGCCGUACGGCGCCAUUAACAGACAAUCGGCAGACAACUGCCCAACGUGUCGAGGCAUCGGGAGAAUUCCCAGAGUCCACGACCAGCUGGUGGCUGUAAUACCGUGCAACGAUGCGAGGCUGAAACCCAGACGCACGAAGCUGUACGUGUGCAUCUCCAUGGUGGUGUGUCUCUUCCUGUGCUGCCUGAUCCUCUUCUUCCUCUUCCCCCGGAGCGUCACCCUGGCGCCCGUGUCCGUGCUGUCCGUCAUGGUGUACUUCACCCCGGAUACCGUCGACAUGGAGGUCACCAAUCUCAUCAACGUCACCAACGAGAACUUCGUCCCGGUUCAGAUCGUGGAGUUCAGCGUUCAGGGUCUGAUCUCCAGGGCCGUGGUCGGCACAUCCAAGAUCACCAACAUGACCACCAUGCAAGCCCGCUCGGUGAAGUCGUACACCUUUAAAAUUGACCUGCCUGUUACGGAUAAAGGCCUAAACGCCUACUGCAAGUCGAGCACCAUCAAGAUUCACACCUUAUUUCUGGAGCUGCAAAUGACGAUGAACAUUUCCUAUCUCUCUCACACCGAGCAGCUGUCUCUGGACACCUUUGAGUACAUUGACUGUGGCACCAAUUCAACAAUCCCUCAUCCUGUGAGAUGAUGAAAUCCAGACGAAACACACUGAAGUCGGAGUGUGAAUUAAUGAAUAUUCAGCCCGAACAUUCCCUGAAUAUAUUUAAUCGUCUGUGUGUGACUUUGUGAAUGAUAACCACCUUGAAAAUGCAUCUAAUCCAGUGAUUCGUGCAUUUAAUUGAAAGUUCUAUAUACAGGAGCCAGAAAAUGAUUAUGGCGUCACACUGCUGCCGAUCUUCUGAGUUUUGUUUCAAUUUCCGUCUGUGUUUGCAUUUCACAGCCACGUGCAUCACUAGAAUUACUGCAUGAGAUAGCAGACAUAAAGUUAGCACUGUUAUCCCCGUUAGCUGCUAGCUGAGCCGUGUGGAUAUGGAUGUACUCUGAAUUCUACAUUGACCAGCUUUAAAAGAGACAAAAAACCUACAGAAACAUUGAAAAAGGCUUUCAUUUAAUUUGAGUGGAAGAACACUUACUAGCAGCCAAAUGUGCUAAAUGUACUAAAGAUACCAAUUAGAAAAUGCUCUUAUGUAUGUUGUUUUAGCAUACCUUAAAACCAUCACAAUGCUAUGAUUAAAAUAUAUUGAUGUUUCAAAUCCACUUGUAGGUUCAAAAUGAAUGAUGUUGCUGUUAUUUGCUUGAGAUCUGCCUGUAAAUCCGUAUUACUUGAUUAAACUGGCACUUGAGCUUA